UUAUCACGUACUUCACUGUUCUAUCACAUUACUUUCUCGGAAACGUAAACCAAUAUAUAAAUUCUCUGAUUUUUCACCAUGCACUACAGACAAUUCUUCUUCGCGGCUGUGGGCGCUGCACAUGUAAGUGCACUAUGCCCCCAUUUCGCGGCACAGAGAACUGCUGCUGAACAUAUUUUACAGCAAAAGCAGCACAUACGAGUUGCGCGGGCCACCGAUGAUUAUAGUGGCAUGGACUCAUAUGGGGACGUCAUGACAGACAUUGCGGCACUCCUAACCGACUCACAGUCGUCCUGGCCUGCCGAUUUUGGAAACUAUGGACCUUUCAUGAUUCGACUAGCCUGGCAUUGCUCUGGUUCAUAUCGUACUUCGGACGGUCGUGGAGGCUGUGCUGGAGCGCGCAUCAGAUUUGGCCCAGAAGCUGACUGGGAAGACAACGCCAAUCUUGACCAGGCGCGUAAGCCACUGGAGUCUGUAAAGGAGAAGUAUGGUGACGAUCUCUCCUGGGGUGAUCUAAUAGUUUUGACAGGGAAUGUUGCUAUCGAGAGCAUGGGUGGGCCAUCUCUGAACUUCUGCGGGGGUCGUGUUGAUGCGGAAGAUGGAUUAGAGAGUGUGCCACUCGGACCGUCCACAUACCAAGAAGAGCUUGCGUCGUGCGAAGUGAAUGGUCAGUGUGAGGCUCCCCUCGGACCCACUACAAUUGGGUUGAUCUACGUCAAUCCAGAAGGACCCAUGGGGAUUCCUGAUUCCGUGGGUAGUGCUGCAGAUAUACGCUCAUCUUUCGGACGCAUGGGUAUGAAUGACCGCGAGACCGUCGCACUGAUCGGUGGUGGACACGCAUUCGGUAAAGCACAUGGAGCCUGCAAGAGCCCGCCAUGUGGAUCAGGCGCAAUGGAAGGCAAAGGACCCAAUACUUUUACAAGUGGGUUUGAGGGAGCAUGGACAAACAAUCCAACAAAAUGGGAUAAUGCAUACUUCAACAACCUAGUCACCUACAAUUGGACCAAAGUCGAUGGACCCGGUGGCCACGUCCAAUGGGAAGCUGAGGAGCUACCUGGUUUGAUGAUGCUCACAUCCGACAUUGCUCUCAUUAAUGACGAGUACUACUUGCCAUUGGUAAUGGAAUUUGCCACCGAUCAGGACGCAUUAGAUAAAGCAUUCAGUGAUGCGUGGUACAAGUUAACAUCCCGUGAUAUGGGUCCAGCUGCACGGUGUAAGGGGGACAAGGUGUUAUAUCCACCAGCACUAUUCCAAAAUCCAUUGCCCAAGUCGCAGUCUGACAACGUAGAUUUCGAGGAGGUCAAUAAGAUGAUCAAAGAGAUUAUGUACACUGAGUCCAAUGCCCUUAGACCAGACAGAAACGCAAAGGGUGAGCCCUACUAUGGCGCAUACUUUGUCACGCUUGCCUACCAGUGCGCAUCUACAUUCAGAACUACAGAUUACAGUGGAGGAUGCAACGGGGCGAGCAUUCGAUUUCAACCACAAAAAUUUUGGCCUCGGAAUAUAGACUUGGACAAAGUGAUGGACGUACUGCGACCUGUUGAAAAACAGUUCAAGGACCUCUCUUGGGCUGAUUUGAUUGUUGCUGCUGGUCAUGCAGCGCUUGUAGAUGCGGGCGGAUUAGAUUUACAGUUCAAAGGCGGACGUUCGGACGCAAUCAACGGUGACUACGCAGCUACGUCAGAACUUCGAGAUUAUUAUUUGAACCCGAUGAUAGCCAAUGAAGACAAUGCAAACGUUAUGGGACUCACUGCCGAAGAGUUCGUCGCGCUCGCUGCACGCCCUCGUAGUGCCUCUCAUGAGCAUACGCUCGGGUAUGUAGGUUCAUACACAGGCAAUCCCUCAGUACUUUCUAACGAAUACUUCCAACUUCUGCUCAAUGAAGAUUGGGUUUUGGUCUCUGACCUAGAGAAUGGAUACAAGGCCAAAAGCAAGGGACUGUAUAUGGAAGACUACGAUCUGGCGUUACUAGACGACCCCGAUAUGAAAGCCGCUGUUGAAAAGUUUGCAAUGGACGAAGAUGCCUUCAUGCAGGCAUUUACAUCUGCUUGGGAGUAUCUGAUGAAUGCCGACAGAUUUGCAUAAGGUUCAAGCUGUUCUGUCAAGUUCCAGCUUAUGUUAUGUUCUCGUUCCCAUUUGAGAAUGAUUAUUGAAGUUUUAUCGAUAAUUAUUCAGUAAUAAAUACCAAUGACGAG